GGGGCGCGUCGUCGAGUAAAAAAGCACGUCGCGGGGGCGCAAGGGUGACGCCUGACCCAUAUUACUGCAUCGCUGCACAGCGCCGACAGCGCGCCGCCGAUUCCACGCGCGCCGCACCCCUACUGCCGCACCACUGCUAAGGCCGGACAGCACGCCAGCCGCCGCGCCGCCGCAUAUAGACGCCGCCGCCGGACGCCGCCGACGCUCACCCGCAAAAAAUGGCGUCGCAGCAGCAGGUCCCCCAGGGCCAACCCUUAGAACUCGCGCCGCGCGGCAACAUGGCUUUGACAUUAGCCGACAGCUUCUUAAAUGACCUCGACGAGCUCGAGGAAGACAACGACGAAGAGCAACAACAAGAAGAAACGAACGAGGAACUCGCGAACGACCUCGAAGAAUCAGAUGACGACGCCAUGGAGGACAUCAUAAAAAACGAAGGCGUCGACGCGAAAAUAAAGCUCCAAACAUCUGACCGAUAUAGACGUCAUAUGACCGCCAUCGCGGAACGCUCCGAAAAGCCCGCGUCCUUUGACGACGACGAGGAAUACGCUCUGAUUGUCGAGUCGAAUGAAAUCCUCGUCAAGAUGGACGCGGAGUUGCACGAGGUCCACGCCUACGUUAAUGAUUUGUACGGGAAGAAGUUUCCGGAAUUGGAGACGUUGGUUCCUUCGAAGCUCGAAUAUUUAAGGGUAGUAGCUCAGAUGGGCAACGAGAUGGACAUGACGCAGGUCGACUUGUCCGGUAUCUUACCACCGACGGUCGUCAUGGUCGUGUCCGUGACGGGGAGUACGACAUCUGGCCAGCCUUUGACCGAGUCGGAGCUCGGGGAAUGUAUGCGAGGGUGUGACGCUUGUCUACGGUUGGAAGAUGACAAGGGUACCAUACUCCAGUACCUCCAGUCUCGAAUGUCGAUGCUCGCUCCUAACCUCACGCAUUUAGUGGGACCGUCGUUGGCUGCAUUGUUGGUGGGCAUGGCCGGCGGGUUAGCUGAUCUAGCGCGAGUGCCGGCCUGCAACAUGACGGUCAUGGGCCAGGAGAAGCGAUAUCUAGGGGGCUUCGGCAUGGUCGCGGGCAUGCCUCACACUGGUGUUCUGUACUUUUGCGAUCUCGUGCAGCAGGCGCCUCCAGCACUACGAAAAAGAUGUCUGAAGCUCGUGGCGAACAAGGCGGCGCUUUGUGCGCGCUUCGACGCGUUCGGGGAUCGCAGCAAGGGUGUCGAGGCGGCGCAGUCGUUCCGAGAAGACAUCGAGAGCAAGAUCGAGAAGGCCUGCGAACCGCCGAAAGCCCAGAAGGUCAAAGCCCUGCCGCCUCCGGAUAUUAUGACGGGGAAGAAGAAGCGCGGUGGAAGACGCGUCCGGAAAGCGUGCCGGUCUGUGUGAAAAUCAACCAGUGUGUCGGGGAUGGCGAUGACGCGGCCGCGCUGGUCCCGUCGAGCGGCGAGGAACCGGCAUCGCCACGCCAUCGAGCAGGCGUCGCAUCGAUGGCGUGGAGGUCGACGCGAAGAUUCAGCACGAACGCGCCGUAUAAUUUUGAUUUCCACACAGGAAGGAGAAGACGCGGCCGACGGAAAUGCGCGCGCAGAUGAAUAAAAGAGCCUUCGCCCACACUCUUGGAGGUGAAUACGGCGACGACAGCAUGGGCCUAGAUUUUGGGUUGCUGGGCAAGGAGGGCGGCAACCUGCGAGCCACCCAAAAGAAAGAAAAACAGGCAAAGGUCUCCCAAAAACGGCGGAAGAUGAUCCAGAUGUCUUCUGGUGCGACGAACGGUCUCAGUUCAUCAUUGGUGUUCACGCCGGUCCAGGGUAUUGAGUUAGCCAACCCGGAGAUGAUGCAAGGCAAGGUCGAUGCCGCGAACGCGAAGUGGUUCUCCGAGUCGUCGGGGUUUCAAUCCGCUUUACCGCAGUCGAAGCCGGGGCUGUUUGGGUAACCAGUGUUCUAGUUA